GGGAAGCUCCGACUCCGGCUUCAUCUCCAGAGCCUCCUGCUGUUCUGUUGCCAGAGACAGCCCUGGAGAUGUCACCUGGCUCUGGUGAAGACAGUGAGGACGAGAGUGUCAUGUCUGAGUUUUUGCCACUUAAACGCUACAGUUGAGCACCUUUUGUUUAUUAGAUUGAUAAUGUUUGUUUGUUUGAUUUGUUUUUUUUAUUGCUGUGUUCUAGUUUGCAAUAAUGCCUGUUAAGAAGCAUGAAUAAUUCGCUUUUAUGUCUUUAUUUAACUUUUUUUCAAGUACAUAGUGUAAGAUCUAUGUACAAGAUGAAGAUUAAGACCCUUUGUGAAAUUGCUUGAAAAUUUCUGACGAAUUUCUAUUUUUUAAGGGAUCUAUACACUCCAAAUGGCAUAAAAUGCGCUCCUAAACACUUUCUGUAAGGUGACUUUUGAAAAAAACUUGGUUAAAUUUGACAACUUUAUCUACAAAGUUAAAAAUAAAUGAUACGUACCACGUACGUAACUUCUGAGGGGGCGUGGCCAACCAGCUAUAAAAGCAGCAGCCCAGCAGCAGGAGCCCAGUCUGUUGGAGACAAGAGAAGAGUUGUUUCAAGACUGAAUAUGAGUGAUGGUUUCAAAAAACCACUCCCUCCUGGUGGUGGACGGAGGCGUCCGCAGUGUCGGCAUGCGGCAGGUGACAGUGCCGCACCUGCUGCCACCGCUGAAGCAUCUCGUCCACCACCGUCGGAGGGAGGUGCCACCGCUGGAGCAGCAGCUUGGCCAGCCAUCCCACCCAUGCCACCACUGCCUCCCCUCUCACCCAUGCCACCACUGCCUCCCCUUCCACCCAUGCCGCCACUGCCUCCCCUUCCACCCUUGCCUGCUGCGUCGAUGCAGAACGACAUGGAGUGGCCGGAGUUGCUCCAUGAGGAGGCAAAGCUGGUGCAGAAGGGUGUCAGGAGACGUGGCGACAACCUUUACCCCUCCAUCCCCCGUCUGGGCCCGGUGAAGGAUGAUGGAGGGCGGCAGCCACCUGAGGCAGCCAUUGGAGCCCUGGAGGCAUCAGCAGGGGUAGAUGUAGGGGCGGUGGGGGAGAACGACCGAGAGUGGGAACUGGAGUUGGACAGGGAGAUGCUUUCAGAUGAAGGCACAACUCCUUGUCCGACUCCAGUCAAUUCCCCCCGGUCGUCUUCUCCCAUAUCUCCUGGCCCGUGCCUGCUGAAUUCUCCAGGGCCCAAUUUGGGCCAAUUUUUGCCUCUGAAGAAGUAUGACGAGGAGUGGGAGGACUAAUUUUUUAUUUUUUUUGGUGCUGUGUUAUUUGGGUUUUACGUUAAAUGUUUAGUUACUGUUCUGUAACUAUUUGGUUGUUGAAGGCAAUAAAGCCUGUUUCAAUGCAAA